AUGAUGGGCCUUGUGGCUGAUGGCUGGGUAGAGGAUGGGCCUUGUGGCUGCAUAGUGGCUGAUGGCUGGGUAGAUGAUGGGCCUUGUGGCUGCAUGGUGGCUGAUGGCUGGGUAGAUGAUGGGCCUUGUGGCUGCAUGGUGGCUGAUGGCUGGGUAGAUGAUGGGCCUUGUGGCUGCAUGGUGGCUGAUGGCUGGGUAGAUGAUGGGCCUUGUGGCUGCAUAGUGGCUGAUGGCUGGGUAGAUGAUGGAGCUUGUGGCUGCAUAGUGGCUGAUGGCUGGGUAGAUGAUGGGCCUUGUGGUUGAUGGCUGGGGUAGAGGAUGGGCCUGUGGCUGCAUAGUGGCUGAUGCUGGGGUAGAGAUGGCCUUGUGGCUGCAUGGUGGCUGAUGGCUGGGUAGAUGAUGGGCCUUGUUGGCUGCAUGGGUGGCUGAUGGCUGGGUAAUGAUGGGCCUUGUGGCUGCAUGGUGGCUGAUGGCUGGGUAGGUGAUGGGCCUUGUGGCUGCAUAGUGGCUGAUGGCUGGAGGCCCUGUUUUACAGCACUGCCAGAUUAGAGAGGCUGUUGCUCUGGAAUCUGGGUUGUUCUCUGGUCUGAGUGUGAUCUGUUUUUGAAUCCUGACCAGAUUCAUCCUCUCGCCCUUGUAAACCAUUAGCUUUAAAUCAUCAAUUGUGUACUAGAUUAGUGAUAGUUUCUCGAGUCGUGAAACAGUUUCCACUGGAUAGUAAUGGUUACCAUUACUCUCUGUCUCAAUCAAUCAAUCAAUCAAUUUUAUUUUAUAUAGCCCUUCUUACAUCAGCUAAUAUCUCGAAGUGCUGUACAGAAACCCAGCCUAAAACCCCAAACAGCUAGUAAUGCAGGUGUAGAAGCACGGUGGCUAGGAAAAACUCCCUAGAAAGGCCAAAACCUAGGAAGAAACCUAGAGAGGAACCAGGCUAUGAGGGGUGGCCAGUCCUCUUCUGGCUGUGCCGGGUGGAGAUUAUAACAGAACCAUGCCAAGAUGUUCAAAAAUGUUCAUAAGUGACAAGCAUGGUCAAAUAAUAAUCAGGAAUAAAUCAGUCUCUGUUCCUGCCUCCUCCUUUAUGAGUCAGCAUAGAUGGCUGUUAGUGCUGUGAUGUGACUGUUCCCUGCUGUUGGUGCUGUGGGUGUGACUGUUCCCUGCUGUUGGUGCUGUGGGUGUGACUGUUCCCUGCUGUUGGUGCUGUGGGUGUGACUGUUCCCUGCUGUUGGUGCUGUGGGUGUGACUGUUCCCUGCUGUUGUGCUGUGGGUGUGACUGUUCCCUGCUGUUGGUGCUGUGGGUGUGACUGUUCCCUGCUGUUGGUGCUGUGGGUGUGACUGUUCCCUGCUGUUGUGUGCUGUGGGUGUGACUGUUCCUGCUGUUGGUGCUGUGGGUGUGACUGUUCCCUGCUGUUGGUGCUGUGGGUGUGACUGUUCCCUGCUGUUGGUGCUGUGGGUGUGACUGUUCCCUGCUGUUGGUGCUGUGGGUGUGACUGUUCCCUGCUGUUGGUGCUGUGGGGUUGACUGUUCCCUGCUGUUGGUGCUGUGGGUGUGACUGUUCCCUGCUGUUGGUGCUGUGGGUGUGACUGUUCCCUGCUGUGGUGCUGUGGUGGUGUGACUGUUCCCUGCUGUUGGUGCUGUGGGUGUGACUGUUCCCUGCUGUUGGUGCUGUGGGUGUGACUGUUCCCUGCUGUUGGUGCUGUGGGUGUGACUGUUCCCUGCUGUUGGUGCUGUGGGUGUGACUGUUCCCUGCUGUUGGUGCUGUGGGUGUGACUGUUCCCUGCUGUUGGUGCUGUGGGUGUGACUGUUUCCCUGCUGUUGGUGCUGAGUGUGAAUGUUCCCUGGUUGGUGCUGUGGGUGUGACUGUUCCCUGCUGUUAGUGCUGUGGUGUGACUGUUCCCUGCUGUUGGUGCUGAGGUGUGACUGUUCCCUGCUGUUGGUGCUGUGGGUGUGACUGUUCCCUGCUGUUGGUGCUGUGAUGUGACUGUUCCCUGCUGUUGGUGCUGUGGGUGUGACUGUUCCCUGCUGUCAGCUGUUCUCUGCAUGGCAGCACACAUGAAGGUGUUAAACUAAUUGAAUCACUUUUCACCUCUCAGCAGGACCCCAUCUCUCUCUGUGUGUGUGUGUGUGUGUGUGUGUGUGUGUGUGUGUGUGUGUGUGUGGUGUGUGUGUGUGGUGUGUGUGUGUGUGUGUGUGUGUGUGUGUGUGUGUGUGUGUGCGCAUGCGUGUGUGUUACCAUAGAUGUAAUUUAUUUGAAAUGGCAGUGAUUUUCUCUCAAAGCAUUUUUUUGUCCUGGACUGGUGUUUCUACAGAGUAAUUGUCAGCUUGCUGAAGUGAAAACAGCAGAAAUCAGCCAGUAAUGUUGAAAUAAAAAGCUGUAGGGAGGUAAAUGUAACACUGUUUCUCUCCAAAAGUUUAAACAUAUCCUCUGUAAGUAGAAUGGGCCAUGUUACCUGUCUAUUUUUCAGUAACACCUUACAUUAGUAACAGCAUGGAAUAAGCAACAGUCCCUAUCGCUGUCAACAGUCCCUAUCGCUGUCAACAGUCCCUAUCGCUGUCACGUAAGUAGAAUGGGCCAUGUUACCUGUCUAUUUUUCAGUUACACCUUACAUUAGUAACAGCAUGGAAUAAGCAACAGUCCCUAUCGCUGUCACGCCCUGGCCUAUAGAACUCUAGCUAGUUUGGUCAGGGUGUGAAUAUUCUAGGUGUUGUAUUUCUAUGUUUGGCCGGGUGUGGUUCCCAAUCAGAGGCAGCUGUCGCUCGUUGUCUCUGAUUGGGGAUCAUACUUAGGCAGCCUGUUUUCCUGACUGUUGUUGUGGGAUCUUGUUGUGUUCCUGUUUAGGCUUGUGUGUUAGCCCUUUGGACCGUCACGGUUAAGUUUGUUAUUUUGGUUACUGCGUCGUGUGUUUAUUAGUUAAUAAACAUGUACGCCUUUCACGCUGCACCUUGGUCCGACCCGUCUCUUAACGUCUGUGACAAUCGCACUUGUGUGAUAACAGAAAAUGCUCCACUCCAUUGCUAUGCUAGUACAAUUUAGUUACUAAAGUACUAGUACAGUGAGGGAAAAAAGUAUUUGAUCCCCUGCUGAUUUUGUACGUUUGCCCACUGACAAAGAAAUUAUCCGUCUAUAAUUUUAAUGGUAGGUUUAUUUGAACAGUGAGAGAAAGAAUAACAACAAAAGAAUCCAGAAAAACGCAUGUCGAAAAUGUUAUAAAUUGAUUUGCAUUUUAAUGAGGGAAAUAAGUAUUUGACCCCCUCUCAAUCAGAAAGAUUUCUGGCUUCCAGGUGUCUUUUAUACAGGUAACGAGCUGAGAUUAGGAGCACACUCUUAAAGGGAGUGCUCCUAAUUUCAGCUUGUUACCUGUAUAAAAGACACCUGUCCACAGAAGCAAUCAAUCAAUCAGAUUCCAAACUCUCCACCAUGUCCAAGACCAAAGAGCUCUCCAAGGAUGUCAGGGACAAGAUUGUAGACCUACACAAGGCUGGAAUGGGCUACAAGACCAUCGCCAAGCAGCUUGGUGAGAAGGUGACAACAGUUGGUGCGAUUAUUCGCAAAUGGAAGAAACACAAAAUAACUGUCAAUCUCCCUCGGCCUGGGGCUCCAUGCAAGAUCUCACCUCGUGGAGUUGCAAUGAUCAUGAGAACGGUGAGGAAUCAGCCCAGAACUACAUGGGAGGAUCUUGUCAAUGAUCUCAAGGCAGCUGGGACCAUAGUCACCAAGAAAACAAUUGGUAACACACUGCGCCGUGAAGGACUGAAAUCCUGCAGCGCCCGCAAGGUCCCCCUGCUCAAGAAAGCACAUAUACAGGCCCGUCUGAAGUUUGCCAAUGAACAUCUGAAUGAUUCAGAGGAGAACUGGGUGAAAGUGUUGUGGUCAGAUGAGACCAAAAUCGAGCUCUUUGGCAUUACAUUUACAUUUACGUCAUUUAGCAGACGCUCUUAUCCAGAGCGACUUACAAAUUGGUGCAUUCACCUUAUAGCCAGUGGGAUAACCACUUUACAAUAUGUUUUUUUUUUUUGGUGGGGUGGGGUAAGGGGGGGUAGAAGGAUUACUUUAUCCUAUCCCAGGUAUUCCUUAAAGAGGUGGGGUUUCAAGUGUCUCCGGAAGGUGGUGAGUGACUCUGCUGUCCUGGCUGUCUCCGCUGUCCUGGCUGUCUCCGCUGUCCUGGCAUCAACUCAACUCGCCCCAAGAACACCAUCCCCACCGUCAAACAUGGAGGUGGAAACAUUAUGCUUUGGGGGUGUUUUUCUGCUAAGGGGACAGGACAACUUCACCGCAUCAAAGGGAUGAUUGAUGGGGCCAUGAACCUCCUUCCCUCAGCCAGGGCAUUGAAAAUGGGUCGUGGAUGGGUAUUCCAGCAUGACAAUGACCCAAAACACAUGGCCAAUGCAACAAAGGAGUGACUCAAGAAGAAGCACAUUAAGGUCUUGGAGUGGCCUAGCCAGUCUCCAGACCUUAAUCCCAUAGAGGGAGCUGAAGGUUGGAGUUGCCAAGCGUCAGCCUCGAAACCUUAAUGACUUGGAGAAGAUCUGCAAAGAGGAGUGGGACAAAAUCCCUCCUGAGAUGUGUGCAAACCUGGUGGCCAACUACAAGAAGCAUCUGACCUCUGUGAUUGCCAACAAGGGUUUUGCCAUCAAGUACUAAGUCAUGUUUUGCAGAGGGGGUCAAAUACUUAUUUCCCUCAUUUAAAAUGCAAAUCAAUUUAUAACAUUUUUUUACAUGCGUUUUUUUCUGGAUUUUGUUGUUGUUAUUCUGUCUCUCACUGUUCAAAUAAACAUACCAUUAAAAUUAUAGACUGAUCAUUUCUUUGUCAGUGGGCAAACAUACAAAAUCAGCAGGGGAUCAAAUACUUUUUUCCCUCACUGUAUGUACCUGUUUCCUGUAACCAUGUCCCGUCCAACAUGUUUCCUCUCACUGACUUAGAGUGUUUUGUACUAUGAAAGCGCUUUCUGACAACUGCUGACGUAAAAAGGGCUUUAUAAAUACAUCUGAUAGGUUGAUUUGUCCAAGUGAUUGAUGUGUCAAUUUAUUGAUUGAUUGAUUGAUUGAUUGAUUGAUUGUCUCGUUGCAGGGCAUAGCGUUUGCCUCCCUGUUCUUUAUCCUGGUUUCCAUCACUACAUUCUGUCUGGAGACCCACGAGUACUUCAACGACCUGCAGAACCGCACGGAACGCGUGGUGGUGGGGAACCACACUAAGGAGGUGGUCUUGGUGGAGGUGAGAGAGAUUCUUAGAUGUAAAUAG